UCCUGCGGCCGGCUCCGAGAGCUGCCGGGCGGGCUGAGGCGGACCGGGGAGCGAGGGACUGCCGCGCGCCAGCGAGACCGUCUCUAGGGGCCGUAAUCAUGGUGCGUGACCCUCGCCGCACCGCAGCCGCCGGAGCCACUAGCUCCCAGCCCCGGCUCCACCUCAGGCACCCGCGCCGGCCCCGCCCCCGUUCCUGUCACUCAAAAGCCUUCCCGGGCUCCAGGAGGACAGCAAUGGGCGCCCGGGCGCUUCCCUCCUCCUCAUUGGCCCUCCGGGCCUCCCGUUCCGCCCCCUCCCUAGGGACGAGGUCGCCGGGGAGACCGGCGCCCCGGUUCCCAUGACAACCGGUGCCCAGGGCCUGGCUUUUAGAGUUCUGGCUAACUAGACGCUCAGGUUGGUCGCGGGGCAGCGAAGUUCCUAUCCCCUGCAGUGCGGACUCCUAAUUUCAGGCCACGUUGAGAACGCGGCCGACCGCCCCACGCUUCCAGCUUCAGAAACAGAACUUUAUGGCCCUAGGGAGAGUGAGGGAGCGUGAAAAAUGUCUAACUGCUUGCUCUUCCCCUGUGAAUCUAAGUAACCCCUCCCCCCCUUGUCCUCCCUGGCCUCCAGCCUUGUUUCCAUAUUCUCACCGGGUGGAUUUGGGCUUUCAAAGGGUGAGGAGAAGAGGGAAGAGAGAGAAAGAGCAGGGCUGUGCCAGCUCCUUGCAGUAAUAUAGCAACUUGGAAAUGGCGAGGUCAACGAAAACAGCUCGAGUAAGGACUGUGAUGGGAACUUUGCCCAGGGGAGAAGCAGAAACAAGAUAAGUAAUCCACCAAAACAUGAGCAGGCUAGCGUGAGGAACACCAACAACAGGACCAUCUCAGAUCUUCAUUAUGGCAACUCAUGCAAGAAGCUGUUGAAUUAGAACAAUUUCCUAUAGAUGAGAAACCAUACAAGCAGUGGUAUUUAUGAGCCUCCAUUUAUUGUACUACUGCAGUGAACCAACCUUGGAUGUGAAAAUUGCCUUUUGUCAGGUGUGUGUUCCUUACAGGUAAAACAAGGGAUUCGAUAAACAAGUGGAUGUGUCAUAUAUUGCCAAACAUUACAACAUGAGCAAAAGCAAAGUUGACAACCAAUUCUACAGUGUGGAAGUGGGAGACUCAACCUUCACAGUUCUCAAGCGCUACCAGAAUUUGAAGCCUAUUGGCUCUGGGGCUCAGGGAAUAGUUUGUGCUGCGUAUGAUGCUGUUCUUGACAGAAAUGUGGCCAUUAAGAAGCUCAGCAGACCCUUUCAGAACCAAACGCAUGCCAAGAGAGCUUACCGGGAGCUGGUCCUCAUGAAGUGUGUGAACCAUAAGAACAUUAUUAGUUUAUUAAAUGUCUUCACACCCCAGAAAACAUUGGAGGAGUUCCAAGAUGUUUACUUAGUCAUGGAACUAAUGGAUGCCAACCUGUGUCAGGUGAUUCAGAUGGAAUUAGACCACGAGCGAAUGUCUUACCUGCUAUACCAAAUGUUGUGUGGCAUCAAGCACCUUCAUUCUGCUGGAAUUAUUCACAGGGAUUUAAAACCAAGUAACAUUGUAGUCAAGUCUGAUUGUACAUUGAAAAUCCUCGACUUUGGACUGGCCAGGACAGCAGGCACGAGCUUCAUGAUGACUCCGUAUGUGGUCACACGUUAUUAUAGAGCCCCCGAGGUUAUUCUGGGAAUGGGCUACAAGGAGAACGUGGAUAUAUGGUCUGUGGGAUGCAUUAUGGGAGAAAUGGUUCGCCACAAAAUCCUCUUUCCAGGAAGGGACUAUAUUGACCAGUGGAACAAGGUAAUUGAGCAACUAGGAACACCAUGUCCAGAAUUCAUGAAGAAAUUGCAACCUACAGUAAGAAACUAUGUGGAGAAUCGGCCCAAGUAUGCAGGACUCACCUUCCCCAAGCUCUUUCCAGAUUCCCUCUUCCCAGCGGACUCUGAGCACAAUAAACUCAAAGCCAGCCAAGCCAGGGACUUACUGUCAAAGAUGCUAGUGAUCGACCCAGCAAAAAGAAUAUCGGUGGAUGACGCCUUACAGCAUCCUUACAUCAACGUUUGGUAUGACCCUGCCGAAGUGGAGGCGCCUCCACCUCAGAUUUAUGACAAACAACUGGAUGAAAGAGAACACACCAUUGAAGAAUGGAAAGAACUUAUCUACAAAGAAGUAAUGAAUUCAGAAGAAAAGACUAAAAACGGUGUUGUAAAAGGACAACCUUCUCCUUCAGGUGCAGCAGUGAACAGCAGUGAGAGUCUCCCUCCAUCUUCGUCCGUCAAUGACAUCUCCUCCAUGUCCACCGACCAGACCCUGGCAUCUGAUACUGACAGCAGCCUGGAAGCUUCAGCAGGACCCCUGGGUUGUUGCAGGUGACUAGCCGCCUGCCUGCGAAACCCAGCGUUCUUCAGGAGAUGAUGUGAUGGAACACACACACACACACACGCCCACGCCCACGCAGACACGCAUGCACACACACAAACACAGACACACAGCUCUAAGAAAAUGGCAAGGGAGAGAAUCCGAGCCUAAAAUUGAAACCAAUCUUUCAGCCUGCUUCUCCUCCGGAGUUCUGUAUUGCAGCUAAGCUAAAUGUAUAUUUAACUUCUAGUUGCUCUUGCUUUGGUCUUCCUCCAAUGAUGCUUACUACAGAAAGCAACUCAAACACAAUUAGAAAAGCAUUUUCCAUAAAGUGUAAUUUUAAUGGCUGCAAAACCAGCAACCUGUAACUGCCCUUUCAAAUGGCAUGACAAGGUGUGCAGUGGCCCCAUCCAGCAUGUGUGUGUCUCUAUCUUGCAUCUACCUGCUCCUUUUGGCCUAGUCAGAUGGAUGUAGAUACAGAUCCGCAUGUGUCUGUAUUCAUACAGCACUACUUACUUAGAGACGCUACUGUCAGUGUCCUCAGGGCUCUACUAAGAUGUCAUGCACUGGGGUACCACAUGGUCCAUUUCAUGUGAUCUAUUACUCUGCCAUAAACCCAUCUGUAAUAUAUUGCCAGUAUAUAAGCUAUUUAGUUUGUUAAUUGAUUAAGCUGUAUGUCUUAUAAGAAAAAUGUAAAGGGGGAAAAUACGGGGGGAGUGAGCUCUCUUGGACCCUUGAAGAUGUAGCUUCCAAAUUUGAACUGAUUAAAUGGCACCUGUAUACCAAUU